GCUUCACUUUUCAGUCGAGUUUGUAUGUGUGCGGAUAUACGGAGCCUCUGGAAGUAUUUUGGCGAUUUUCAUUCAAUGCUUAUAUUUAUAUAACUCAUUAUUCCCUGCGUUUCUCCGUCUCGUAGAUGUGUCUGGGUUUCGCGAGUGAAUUGGAAGGAGUUUAUUUAUGUCCUGUAUAUUCAGGUCUAGACAGACAUGCAGCCUCCCCCAAGAAAGGUGAAAGUCACACAAGAGGUGAAACACACUCACACAGAGCAGCUGAACAGACUGCAGCUCAAACACCAGACCGACUUGGACUUCCUGGAGGAUCUGAGGACUUACAGCCAGAAGAAAGCACUAAUAGAGAAAGAUUACUCACAGGCUCUGCAUAAACUUGCCUCGCAGUAUUUGAAACGAGAGUGGACCGGAGCCCCAUCAGAGGAGCCCAGAGACUCCAGAAACAUUUGGGCCGUAUGGAGAUCCUACUUGGAGGGUGUAAUGAAAGUGAGCCAGUCACGAAUUAACAGAUGCGAAAACUACAGGAGCCAGAUCUCAGAUCCUGUGAAGACAUUCAGAACGCAGAAAGACCUGCAGCUGAAGAGGUGUAGUGAACAGCUGUCCAGAGCUCAAGCCGAUCUGCAGGGGACGAUCAGAGACCUGGAGAAGAGCAGGAAAACCUACCAGGAGGCCGAACAAACAGCGCAGAGCGUCCGAGAGAAAGCCGAGAUGGAGGCCAAGUCAAGGCUCAGUCUGUUUCAGUCGCGCUCCAGUUUGAAGAGGGCGAGUGUGAAGGUAAUGUAGGGAUACCCCACUAACCAUU